AAAAAAAAAAAAAAAGAAAAACGAAGCUGCUUUCAAGUAUUGAAGAUACAAGGCCAGGAUGAACACGAAGGACACAAAAGUGACUGAAGGAGGUCUCAAUGUCACGCUUACCAUACGCCUUCUCAUGCAUGGCAAGGAGGUUGGAAGCAUUAUCGGAAAGAAAGGUGAGACAGUUAAGAAGAUGAGGGAGGAGAGUGGUGCUCGAAUCAAUAUUUCAGAAGGCUCCUGUCCAGAGAGAAUUGUGACAAUAACAGGCCCAACAGAUGCAAUUUUUAAAGCUUUUUCUAUGAUUGCACUAAAAUUUGAAGAGGACAUAAACGCUUCAAUGACAAACAGCACGGUGACAAGCAAACCACCCGUAACACUGCGGCUCGUCGUCCCGGCAAGUCAGUGUGGAUCCCUUAUAGGAAAAGGAGGUUCCAAAAUCAAAGAAAUCAGGGAG